UGACAAUUGUACACAUAAAAGAUGAAAGAUAAUUCAACCGAGAAGACCCCAAACUGUUGCCCACUUCACUUCCUAAGUCCCACUAUAGAAAACAAAGUACCAAACCCACAGAUAAAGCAGAGAGAGAAAAACAGAGAGAAAAGCCCCCCUCAUUUUUUUCUUUCAGGGAAAGGAAAAAAGAUUGGAUUUUUAUGCUCCGGGUUUUGUGAUCUGGUUUAAUUUUGGAGCUUUGAAGAGGAAUUGGAUAAUAAUUAUUGUAUGUUUAGAUAUAUGAUGUUGUACAGUUCUUUCAGUGCUUGGGUCAGUCAUUUUCUGGCUUGUAUGGGUGGUUGCUUUGGUUGCUGUUCCAAAUCUCAACCUAUUAUUGCUGUGGAUGAACCAUCUAAAGGACUACGAAUACAAGGAAAGUUGGUGAGAAAACCGAGUGUAUCGGAUGAUUUUUGGAGCACCAGUCCAUGCGACCUGGAGAUUAGUACUGUUCAAUCUCAUAGAAGCAUGUCUUCCGUCAGUAUCUCAAAUCAGAGCUUCAGUCAACAAAGUGGCACUGGCAACGCCAGCAACAACAAUGAAUUCGUAAAUCAUGGCUAUCUUCUUUGGAACCAGACCAGGCUUCAGUGGCUAGCAAGUAAAGAUCCAGAGAACCGACGAGUAGCUGAAGAACCGAUGUUAAAUUGGAAUGUUUCGUAUGAAAGCUUAUUUGGGACUGACAAACGUUUCCCUCAGCCAAUUCCUCUCUCGGACAUGGUCGACUUUCUUGCUGAUAUUUGGGAGCACGAGGGUUUGUACGAUUAACCAUGCUGAUCCGAACUGAGCAUUGGUUUUCUUCGCGUUUAUGUGAAUUUUCUGGUUGUUUUAACCUGUGAAAACAAUUGUGUAUAGCUUUCAGAAUACAGGGACUGGCAGAGGAUGCAAGUGUUUAGAAAGCAAAGAUUUAACUGAUAGAAAAUGAGAGGCUAAUAGUAAGGAAACAUUUAUAUGGGGGGGCGGGGGGGGGGAGGGGUUAUGCUUUGUAAAUGGGAAGCUAAUUUACUGUUAAUCUAUGUUUGAUGUUUUACUAAUUUUGUCUAAUUUGAUUUGCAUGUGUCUUGCUCUCCGUAUAUCCUCAAGGACGAGUAGUGUUUCUAAUGUGAUUUGGACAAUUGUCACCUUGUUGAACUA